AUGAAUCCUCAUAGCGAACGAGGCAAGGAGCCUCUGCGCCAGAGCUUCGCCGCCGCCGCUGCUUCUCCCUUUCCUCGUCCCUUCUCAGAGCACGAGCUGUCCCGUCGAGCCUCCAACAUUUCCGACGUCACCGAUAUUGGCAUUAGCCCCUACGAGGCAUCCACCGUCAGUGAAUCGGUUCUCGGCAGCCCGAUCCAUGCUAUUGCCUCGCCGUCGUCGCUGUACAGUAGCGGCGGCAGCACCCGCGCCAGCGGCUCUCCGUUUGGGGACCCCGCGACGCCGCAGCAAUCCCGAAGGCCUUCGUGGCGUGGAACGCUCUCGUACGCUGGCUCGCGACGUUACGCGCCGCUCACGGGCGGCAGCGAAGCACCACGGCCACCGCCCAGCCGGCGAUCCUCAGCGACGAGCUUUCGCUCGCGGAGCAGCUAUGCGCCGACACUGCACAGUACCAUCCCCGAGACGGGCGACGACGAGUCCUACGCCAUGACACUGCUCUCCCACCCGGCGCCCAUGGGCAUGACGCCUACAUCUUAUCAGCACCAGCGCCAGGUUUCGGACGAAAUGACGCCCAUGUCGCCCGUAGGCUUCGACGUCGGGUCGGCGCUCGGCCCGCUGUCGGCACACGAAAACGAGUACAAUGUCCAGUGGCAGCAGCAGGAAGCAAAGGGCAUGUUGUCCGGCGGUCUGGGCCAGGGUUUCCGCGCGGACUCGACGCUGCGCGACGCUGAGCUGCUCGCCUCGCCGAGCAGCGCCCGGAGCCUGUCCCGGUCCUUUACCUUUAACCGGGCGUCGCGGCCGCCGACGCGCGCGGAGACGAUCAAGACACGAGGUCAGGACGAAGCGGACCGCUUGGGCCGCGUGAUUGAAGUCAUUAUCGAAGAGCCGAGCGCGGACUUGAGCAGCAUUGAGGGCGGCAGCAUCUCCCUUCACAAUGAGUCAAACGACGAGCUGCGGCGCUCCAUGUUUCCCAGCGCAGCGCCCAAGAGGCAAAUAUUUUUUCCCAAGCCCAACUGGAAGCCCUGGUCGAUGCGAUGGCCGCACCUCACGCUGCUUGUGCUCGUCUCGGCCGGCCUGGCCGUCAUGCAGGAGAUUCUGUUUCGGCGCUUCCACAACACGCCCAUCCUGACGUUUGUCUCGCCCAACGAAGUGAAGCCGCUCAUCUACUUUGCCGUCAAGUUCCUGCCGACGCUCGCCGCGGCCGUAUACGGUGUGCUGUGGCAAUUUACCGACUUUGAAGUGCGCCGCCUCGAGGCCUUUUACCAGCUCUCCAAGGACGGCGGCGCGCUGGCUGCCGAGUCCAUCAACGUCGACUAUGUCACGAGCUUCAACGUCUUCCGGCCCCUUCGCGCGCUCAAGCUCGGGCACUACACCGUCGCCGUCUCGUCCCUCGGCACGCUGCUCGCGGGCUCCCUGGGGCCGACGUUUGCCGCUGCGUCGGUCAUCCUGACGCCGAGCCUGCGCGAGCGCAAGAUGAAUCCCGAGGCGGAAAAGACGCUGACUUUCUCCCCAACGUGGUCGCGUCUUCUGACGUCAACCCUGGCCGUCUGCGCAGUGCUCGCCAGCGUCCUGUUUAUCCUGCUGCAGAAGCGCCGGUCGGGUCUCAACUCGGACGUACGCGGCAUCGCGGGCCUCGCGUCCAUGGCGGUGGUGAGCCACAUCCUUAUGGAUUUCAAAGACAUGGACACGGCCAAGUACAACGACAUCCACCACAGGCUCAAGUACCACCGCUACAUGCUCAAGAACUCGUCGCUGGCGCCCGACGACGAGAACCCCGCGUCGAGCCAGGACCGCGAAAAGUUCGACGACGACGCGCUCGUCCACAUGUCAGACAACCCGCACCCGCUGAUGCUGCGGCCCGCGGGAUGCAUCACAUUUAUCGUCGGCCUGAUUGCGUUCCUGGGAUUCGUGCCCGCAUUUGUAUUUACCGAUGCCGGGGUCGUGACGGAUAAGGCGCCUUGGUUUGCGACGGCGUGGGCUGUUUGCCUCAAGCUCUCGUGGAACAGCAUGGAGACGGCGGUGCGCAUGAUGGAGCCCUACUACAUUCUGUCCAAGCGACACGCACCUUCUAAAAUCCUCACGCUCGACUACACAGCGCUGCCAUUUGGUUAUCUCCCGCUGCGGGCGCUCGCCAACGGACACCUCGUCAUGUUUUUCGUGGGCUUUGGUAGCAUCCUCGCCGAGUUUCUGACCGUCCUCGUCACGGGUCUGACGACGUCGGACGGGCAGGGCUUCGUCAAGGCUUACGUCUCGGAAGGCAGCGACGCCUUGUUCUCCUCCUCCUCCUCCCCAACGACCGACAACAUCACGAGCAUCUAUGCGGGGCAGGACACGUUUGCGUCGUUUUCAGUGAGCUUUGGGCUGGUCAUCUUUGUGCUACUGUACAUGCUGGUCGUGGCGGUCAUUGUGUUUGCGCGGCGACGGCACCCGUUCCUGCCGCGGCAGCCCAACACGAUUGCCUCGGUGCUCGCGUUUAUCCACCAGAGCAAGAUGUUGUAUAAUUUCGUGGGCACGGCCAAGCUCAACAGCGCGCAGAUGGCGAGGAGGUUGAAGGAGGGCGCGGGCGCGCAGACGACGUACGGACUGGGGUGGUUUGAGGGACGAGAUGGGCAGACGCACUGCGGCGUGGAUCAGGAGGAGCUGAUGAGCGGGUACAAGCAUGGCGUGGACUAUUCGAUGGGGAAUAAGCCGUGGAAUACGCGGUGGGAUGUGCUGUGA